CAUACAAUCAAAGAUGGCACUAGACAUUUUCAUUUUCAUCUCCCCACGAAUCAAAGAUGGCUUUUGCCAUUGCUUCUGCUCUCGCUUCCACGGUCACAUUAUCCACGAGCAGAGUCCAAAACGCGACCCAUAGAAGACCACAAGUAGCGUCCGCAUCACCCACCGGUGGAAGAAUGAGUGAGCGCUUGGUGGUGGUUCGUGCCGGCAAAGAAGUUUCUAGCGUCUGUGAACCACUUCCUCCGGACCGUCCUUUGUGGUUCCCUGGUAGCUCUCCACCUGAAUGGCUCGAUGGCAGCUUACCUGGUGAUUUUGGUUUCGAUCCUCUCGGUUUAGGGUCUGACCCGGACACCCUCAAAUGGUUUGCACAAGCUGAGCUCAUACAUAGCCGGUGGGCAAUGCUGGCCGUGACCGGUAUCCUAAUACCGGAAUGUCUCGAGCGGUUAGGUUUCAUUGAAAACUUCUCAUGGUAUGACGCAGGGUCUCGUGAGUACUUCGCGGAUUCCAUUACAUUGUUUGUAGCUCAAAUGGUUUUAAUGGGCUGGGCAGAAGGUAGGAGAUGGGCUGAUUUGAUUAAACCGGGGUCUGUGGACAUAGAACCAAAGUACCCGCACAAAGUAAAUCCUAAACCGGAUGUUGGUUACCCGGGAGGUUUAUGGUUCGAUUUUAUGAUGUGGGGGAGAGGUUCUCCUGAACCGGUAAUGGUUUUGAGGACUAAAGAGAUUAAAAACGGACGGCUCGCGAUGCUUGCUUUCGUUGGGUUCUGUUUCCAAGCUACCUACACUAGUCAAGAUCCAAUUGAAAAUCUCAUGGCUCAUCUUGCUGAUCCUGGUCAUUGCAACGUCUUCUCGGCAUUUACAUCACAAUAAUGAGGAUUAGCUUGCGGCGAAUAUAAUUUUUUUAUAUAU